AUGUGUUUGCUUGUGUUUCACGCAGCUCUUUUAGCUUUCUCUCGAUACUUCACUCCCCUGUACGCUCACCAAGAAUCACCCUCCCGUCCUGCUGUUGCGGCUGCCGCUGCUGCUGCAGUUGCCGCGGCAACAGCAGCAGCAGACUGCGGCUGCUGCCGCUGCAGGGUGAACGCAGAAGCAGCAGAAAACUGUUUGUCGGCUUUUGACUUCUUUGACUCCACUGUGGGAGCACCCUGCGUGAAGCUGAGCGAUCUGGCGAUGGGCCGCCUUCUUGACUACAAAAACGUUCGACUGACACCUGAAAAUCCUCGAGAUCGUGAACGCUCGCUCCGCGAGAGUCAGCGAAUGCCUUACAAGGCACCGGAGUUGCUGUUGCUGAGGCAGCAGCAGCUGCAGCAGCAGUACGGCUACGAAGUGGAUAUGUGGUCUGUGGCGGUUAUUUUUUUCGAGCUCAUAACAACAACCCCACCGUUUUGCUGCAGCAGCGAGCUGCUCUACCUCAUAGAGUGUUGCCGAUUGAUUGGGACGCCUGCAACACGAGAGCAGUGGCUUCGCAUCCUCACGCCUCCUUCGCAGGGGCAGGAGCAGCAGCAGCAGGCAGGCAGAGCUGGGGAGGGGGAGUUCACCUUCCUGCUUGGCGAUGAGCAGCGCGAAGCAACGGAAGAAAAGGCAGCCACAGCCGUCUCCCCAAUGCUCUGGCUUGAAAUGCUUCCGCUGUGGCCGAUCCCUCGGUGGCAGCGCAUGCAGCAGCAGCUGAAACUUGAGGAAGACGCGCUGCUGCAGCAGAUCUGCACCGGAGCAGCAUCCCAUCCACCGAUCCCCACGCCUCUCUCACCACUACCACCACCAAUAAACACACACACCCCGGAAGAAGGAUUGCAAGACAGCGAAGCAACAGAAGCGGAAAGAAUUCUGCUGCAGUUCGGGAGAAUCGUAGGGUGUGAACCACUGCGCUUGCUGCAACACACCCUCACCAUGGACAGAACGCAGCGCCUCUCAGCAGAGCAAGCACUGCAGUUGCUGCAGCACUGCAUCGAGACAGAACGUUUCCGAAGCCGUGUAGAGACAGUCGCUGCCAGAGCAGCAGCCAGAGCAGCUGCAACAGCAGCAGACAGCGCAAUGGCGAGCAGCAGUGUCGAAGCAACCUGCGCAGAUGCAGAUUAG